AUGGCAUUCAAAUUUGUUAUUGCUAUUGCAUUCGUUGCUGUUGCCAGUGCUGGACUUAUUCCUGCUCACCAGGGAUACCAUGCCGCCCAACCUGUAUUGAUCAAAUCCGAGGACUCUUAUGACCACCACCCACAAUACCAAUUCUCUUAUGGAGUUAAUGAUGCUCAUACCGGAGAUGUCAAGAACCAAAUUGAAACCCGUGAUGGAGAUGUUGUCAAGGGAGAAUACUCUCUUAUUGAUGCUGAUGGUUACAAGAGGACUGUCCACUAUUCCGCUGAUGACGUACAUGGAUUCAACGCUGUUGUCCACCGUGAACCACUAGCUCAAACUUUAGUGAAAUCAAGCCCAGUUUCAUACGCAGCUCCAGCUUAUGCUUACCACCACUAA